UGACAUUCUUGGUGCAUGGAAAUCACUCGACUUCACAGAACUUCACGGGAACAAAAUACAAUAAAUAAAAUAAAACAGAAUAAAAGAAAUGCUAAUAUUAAAAAAAAGUAUAUGUGGUAAAAUAAGAUAAAUAUGUAGAAUAGUACAAAAUGUAUUUACCAUAUGACGGUAUAUGAUGAUGUCACCAACAAGGAAGUGAAUUUGUGUUUGUGCGUGAGAAAGAAAUUUGCCACAAGAGGGAGCUCUUUUUAAACUUUUUCCCACACCAUCCUACCUUGCCUCAUGCCUGCCACCUUCAGGUUGACUGGAGGCUGGGACAUGUUGAGCUGAGUGUGGCUGACAGAGGUUUGAAGUUAAGCUAAGUAAGUUUAUAUUAGUUCCUUAGCUGUUGGGGUAAAUGGCCUGUGCUUAUCUAAAUUAAACAUUUAUCCAGACAUGUCAUCAUAGCAUACAGAAAGAUGGGUGUUUCAAAGACAUCAUGGUUCGAAAGAAAAUAGUUUUAACAUAAAGCUCUAAGGCAGUCAAAAAUAAAAGAAGUAGUCACCUUAAUCCCUAAAUAAACAAAACAGAUAAAUAUCAUCACAUGACUCAGAAAUAAACUGGUUUGAUUUAGCAAAUGAUGUGGCAGCAUAUCUAUUAAUAUUGUGGUAAAGCUGAGAUAUUGGGAUGUAGAUGAAUAUUCACAGAAAGCAGACGCUGAUUGGCUGAUCGGCCUCUCUGACGCAGGGCCGCGGUCAUUACAUAUUCAAAGAGCCUAUCUCUGCCCCCGCUGCAAUAAAGGCAGAUAGCGGACCAUGGGGAGCAGGGGAAAACUUUUAAUACUGACAUGUUAGCGCAAUGACUUUUGAGUAACAUCUAACUGGGACGAGGCUCCCGGCGUGAGGAGGACAGGGUCCUUAACGGGAAGGGAAAAAAAAGGAGCACUUGCCAUCUGCCGGGGUACGGGAACGAAAAGCAAGACGGCAGAAGAGUUGAGACUAGUCCAAAACUAUCAGCGGUGGAAAAUCCAGUUUAGCCAUCUGAAUUGAAAGAUGAGCUUGUUGUCUGCCAUAGACACGAGUGCCUCCGUGUACCAGCCUGCGCAACUUCUCAACUGGGUCUAUCUCUCCCUACAAGACCCCCACCAGACCAGCGCCUUUGACGCGUUCAGACCCGAACCCAACUCUUCCCACCCGGAUCUCAGUUUCAGCAAGACUCCCGCAGCGGCGGACUUGAGCUCUUCCCUGAACUCCAACUAUCUCAACAACUUCUUUCAGCUGCAGCGAAAUGAGGCCUUAAACAACAACGUGUAUAAGAACGUGUCCCCCUAUGGCUCCCUGAACAACAUCGUGGAUGGACUCAACUCCCUGACGGACCAUUUCUCAGACCUUUCCCUUUCUUCGGAGCCAAGGAAACCCAACAAAAGACCCCCACCCAACUACUUGUGCCACCUGUGCUUCAACAAGGGCCAUUACAUCAAAGACUGCCCUCAGGCCAGGCCUAAAGGUGAAGGGCUGACACCCUACCAGGGGAAGAAGAGAUGCUUUGGAGAGUACAAGUGCCCCAAGUGUAAGAGGAAGUGGAUGAGCGGCAACUCCUGGGCCAACAUGGGACAAGAAUGUAUCAAAUGCCACAUCAAUGUCUAUCCACAUAAACAGCGGCCUUUAGAGAAGCCAGAUGGCCUGGAUGUGUCUGACCAGAGUAAGGAGCACCCGCAACACCUGUGCGAGAAAUGUAAAGUCCUGGGCUACUACUGCCGCCGUGUGCAAUAAUCGUCUUUAUUCAGAGGCAGAGAGCAACUUUUGUUUCCCCAAGUCCUAUCGCAUCCUCACCACUGAGGCUCAUAACGUCCACCCUGCCCCGGUUUACACCAAGGUUUCCAUCGACCCCGCCCUGCACACAAAAUGGCAUUUUUUCCUCCUCAUGUCUUCCCCUGUGCGUCCCAGAAGCCGCCAGCAUAGACGAUAGCUCUGAUCCUCCCGGUGUUCUGUCCCGACCUCCUCCUUCUCCAAUCGAACCUCGUCUCCCCUCCAGCACCAGUGGAACACAUGCGUUAAUCAGCGUAUUUUGAUUUUGAAUGCAAGUUUUGAAUAUUACGUCCAGGAACAAGAGGAACACGUGUGCUUAGGAACAACGUCCACCUCCUGAAGUGCUCUUCAUCAGAAGCGAGACUUUGCCAAAAUCAGUGGCUCGUGCAUCGUGUCACUCCCCAGCUCAACGUUUAACGACAGCAAAUUAAUUGGUGAAUUAGCACUAGGCAUGCAUUUCAUUGGGGUCACUGACAAUAUUGGUCUCAAUAGAUUACCUCACCUUGUGGUUUGUUGGCUUUGUGUUUACAGAGAUCUGCUUUCCACUUUUCUGCCGCGAAGUGAAGUGUGUGGUGGACGGGAUGAACGUUUAACCAGGGCCUUGCAUGAUGGUAUAAUGUGUACGAGGCCUUCGAUGCCUUGCCAUGUUAGGGUCAACAGCACAUCUUAUUAACUGUGAAUUAACUGAGGGAUAAAGUGCCAUACAUCCCUAGCUUACAUUUGGCCUAUUUAUUUUCUUGUUGUCUAUUGUGCAAUUUGAAUUUUAACUGGGACAUAAAGGAAUAUCUUUUUGUUUGUAUAUCACAUAUUUGUAUAACUGCUUCCAUGUCUCUUUAGAAACUACUGUAGGUUUUGUUGCGUAGAGUCUGUCCUAGUCUAGAUGUAGUGCAUUGCUAACAGUUAAAAGUUUAAUUCACCCUCCCAAGAGUAUUUUUGUGUUAGAUACAUAUAGAUUUGGUAAUUCUUUUUUAUAAUAUACUUCGAAAUGACAAAAAAGGAUCAACGAGAAAAUGUUGGAAAAUACAGGUUUCAGGAAUAAUACUGUUGCUGUCCACACAUUUUCUUCUUUUUCGAAUAUCUUCUAGAGCAGUCGGAAGAACUACUCGCCACAGGUUGAUCAGCACAAUCAAAGUUGAUUUUAGAGGUUAAUCCUAAGAUUUAAAAGUGGUUCAGAAAGAUGUCCGAGUUAAAUUUUUUUUAGUGCCAACUGAUGCCUGGCAGCCGUCGUGGAGUCAGUAAAGUAAAAAGGAGGCUUGUCCAAGGGCUUUCAGAAACUGCGUCCAGCAGCUAAUUGCGUCGUAAAGAGUGUCUAGAUGGAGGUGAAGCUUUGGGGAAUUGCAAUGAUUUUCAAGUUGGCCGAGAGAAAGAAUAUGAUUUCAUGCAAAAGGGCUGACCUGUGAUGUUGCGGUGAUGAAGAUAUAUUGAAAGUGAAUUAAGUUUACACUUGCAUUAGCUUUUAUGGGGCCUCCUAUCAUAAAACAUGUCUUUCAAGAAAGAGAAGUACCCGCUUUGUUUACAAGUAUCACUGUGCCAAUCUAAAGCGCUAUAGAGGAAAUUAGUUUCGACUUAUAGAAACCUGCUUUUUGAGGAUUCUAGAUACAGGAAUUGAGAGCUAUUUUACAUGUACUGUUUUUGUAGCCUUACGAAAUCUGGUUGGAUAUAUUUUAUACUACAACAUACUGUACGUGCCUUAAAAGGAUUUCAAGUACCGAGAGGCCAUUUGAAAUUUUGACGAGACGUGGCGAUAGACGCGGAGUGUGGAGCAUUAUAUGCGCAUAGUAAGUCUGAUGUUGGUUCAAGACGUGAGAAAGGGUGAGAAAACGAUAAAGUCCCUCGAUUAGCAGUUGAACUGGCAUGGUGGGUGUUCGCUUCAAUGCAGUUUUCCGAGUUGGAGGCACGGGCUAAACCAGCAUUUCCAGCUGGCAAUAACAAUCCCACUGUGGUCUGUUGUCAUGGAAUAUCAACAAAGAUGUUAUUUCUUAGUCGAAUCUCACAACAGAAAGAAGUCGCUUAUGAAACCGUGGACCUCACUCUUUGUUUUGUUUUUUUAUCUGUUGCAGUUAUGGUUAUCCAAGGAACCGUGGGUUUUGUCAAAAGUAUACAUGGUUACUUGCUUAAGUCGGAGUGGAAGAUAAUGGUACAUGACACCGAUGGGAAAUUUGACAGAAUUCCGUCAGUAAAGUUUAAAGGGCACUCCAGUGAUUUAGUGUUGUAGUUCGAUCAGGUUGGCAGGGUCACAAGAGAUGCUAAAGAAUAUCUCGUGCAGCAGAGGCCGAGAUAUCAAACUCCAAAAACGUAUCUUUAAAACUCCAGCCCUCCAAUUUGUAACAGUUUUUUUUUUUUUUAAUUAAAAAAAUAAUGACGAAUAGAGUCCAAGAAAUUUUCUGUGUGAACCUUGUGAGUAAAAUAGCUGGAGUGCACCUUUAGAGAAAAUAUUUGUGCAUUUAUUAUCGAGUUGGAGACCUAAACCACAUGAAAGAUUGUCCUUAUAGCCACCACUGUUGGGAACAAUCCAGAUUUCUUACUGUUAACGUCUUUUUUUUUUUUUUGCUCUUUGUGAUGACACUAACCAAACUGCUCUUACUCAUACCCCGUGGCUGUAGUGAAAGGAAUAGAUACCAAUGAUGCCUUACGAACUAACCUCAUAAAUAGGCAACGAUAUCAUUGUGAGUCACAGACUUCUGGCAGACCAGAAAGUAGGUGCGGAGGAAUCGUGCCAGAGCGUUUGAUUCCGCCCAGAGACAUGUUAAUGAGGAGGCCAUUUUAAAUGGCAAAUCAAGAGCCGACGGAAGCAGCUGAUACAUUUGAAGAAAAAUAAAAGAAGAGAAAUCUCUGCUUUCAGACACAGCGUCUUGAAUUACACAUACUUGAGUUUUCUAGUACCUGUUCAGUUCAAAACAGUUAUUUUCUAUGGAUAAAAUGUGUAUUUUGGAACACUUAAUAGAUGUUGAAAAUUUUAAAGCAAUCUGCAAAAAAACUCAAGACUUAUUUCCCUGGCAAAGAUAAGAUUGUUUUAUGUAUAUAUUUGAUGGCGAUCAUUUUCAAUGAUAGUAGCUCUUUUGAAGUGUUAAGCAAUAUUAAAGAUUUUCUGUGUGUGAAGAAGGGCCUAUUGCUAAGGAAUUAUCAAAGCUGGGAGUUUUUUUUUUCUUUUUUUUCUUUAUGUUUUACAAUAAUCUGAAGGGUUAUCCUGCAGAAAUAUUUAUGGAAAGACUUUUUACAACACUUUUUGUAUAGAAUAUGCAACAAAGUUACUCUAAGAAGGAAAUAUUGAUGUCUACAUAGAAUAUUAUUAAAAAAAAAAGCUGGUACAUAAUUAAUAUCAAUUAUAAGCCAUUUGUAUUUUUUUGUGUUUAAUGACGCUGUUGGUGUUGAAUAACCCACGUUAUUCCAUGUGACUAAUCACAAGUAGCCAUUUACAUCCAUACAGCCGCAUGUAUUCAUUUCAUAUUAUGAAGAUAUAUUGUGUUAACAUGCAGAAAUCUUUUUUUUUUUUUUUUUUUUUACCUUAAUUUGUGAUGGAUACUCACCACUGUAUAAGCACAUUAAACUGUGAGUUGUAGUUUGCUUAAAGCGGCAAUGACAAGAAACUAUUAUAAAAUGUUACGGUGUUACUAGUAGUUUAGGGAGUGUAUACUUUUGUCAAGAAAGCGCGUAUGACAAAGAACUAUUUUAGAGUUUGCAUGUGCAUGGGUUUGGUUUUGAAUGAAGUAUUAUUUUCGUGCAAUGUAUACUUAUUUAAAUACUUUACAGUAGUUUGCUACAGUACAUAUUGUUUUUAACAUUAUCAGCAACUUCUGAUUGUUAUUAGUCCUGAAGUGUUUCAUUUACUGCAAAUGUAGCCUCUACAAAUAAUACAUAUUUACUGAAUGUAAUGUGUUAACACUUAUGUGGUCAAGUUGGAAAGUUAUGUUUGUAUUCUUUACUGUCUGUAUCACUUGAGAUGUUUGUAAUGCAGUAUUGCAAUAAUGUAAUAUUUGAAUUGGACAGAACGCAGGCGUGAGGUUGGUAAGACAAUGAUUUUUUUGGGAAAGGAGGACAGUGGUGGUUUGGAGAGCCGACCACGGGUCUGUUUUUCAUGUCCAUGAAACGGCAUUCCAAAAUGUGCCUUAUUUGUUAGUUGGGAAAACAUUUUAGUUCUGUUGAGAGUUUGAUGAAUAAAAGUCGUAUUGAAUUAGGA